CCUCUCCUCCUCUGAGCUGUUCUGGCUGAGGCAUCCUGGGAGGCUGACAGUUGCCAGCAGAGAGGCCCAGUUGGGAGGGCGGCUGCCUUUUGGGCUUUGUUCUGGAGCGGUGUCAGAAGAGGAAGCUGGCCCUGUUCUGGAGGAGAGCAGUGCCCGGCUUCGGGUGCCUUGUGUGCAAUGCGCUGGCUGAUCUUUGUUCCACGUCCUGCUCCUACACACAGCAAACGGUCAGGCUGGGGAGAGGGUUGCAGCCUGGCUGCCGCCUCCUUUACAGCCUUGUGUUCUUGUGUGCAGGGGAUCGGGGGCCCUCCUCACCUGCACCCUGAUGUGCAGAGGCCAGAGAGAGGUUCCACUACCUCACCGAGAACGAGGCCAGGACCACAAAGCAGCAGGAAAGGGUUAAGCAACCAGGGCUGUGGAGUUCCUGCAGCUGGGCAGGUCUUCUUCUCUCCUUGCCGCGCUCUCUUCUGGCAGUUCCCAGAAGCAUUGGAAGCCCUCCUGGUGGCUGGCCACCACCUGGACCACCUGCCUGUGCUGCCCCUGGGUAAAGAUGUGCACGAACCUGUUCAGUGGGCCGGCUCACGCACGAGUGUGAUGCGUGUGCGUGCACACGCACCAGGUACUUCCAGCUGAAGAGGGGACGGGGUGGCAGGGAGGUACGCUGCCGCCUCAAAGGACUUUACAAAAACAAGCACCGGAGGGGGGAAAGCGGAGGGAGGGGUAAGUGCACCCACCCCCGCCCUUAAAGUCCAACACACACCCUGUCUCUGAACCACCCCCGUCUGGUUCCAUGCACAUCCCUAUCCCUGAGCUGCGUUUCUUUCUCUGCAGCAGCUUCUCAGCUGUCGUCGUGACUUGUUGUGGUUUCUGUGCUGCUGCCGGAGUCCCCAGUGGCCAGAGGUCCCUGGAAAGGAAGGGAGUGGAUAAUUAAUCUAAUGGGGGCGGGCUUGUUCCUGUAAUAGCCCCAGGAAGCCAAAGCCCAGGCCCCACGUGACUGCUGGAGCCAAGCUGGGGGAGGGGGGUGGCGAGCGAGGGCAGGGCAAGAGCCCUUCUGGCAAAGAGGGGCAAACUCUGGGCUGGUCUUCCCACAAGUCUGGACCAAGAGCAGAGCUACUCUGCAAGUGCCCUGGCCAGGAGCUGCCCUGGCAUGCUCUUCCACCAGCCAAGGGAAGGCGGGGGCUGUGUGGUGAGCCUUCCGCCGCCUUUGCCCAGGACCUUGGACCCUCACGGCAGCUGAUGGCUGUGUGGCCACAGGGGAAGAGGGAUGCUGCCCAGCCUCCUGUGGCGUUCAGCAGGGUCACCGCUCCAUCCUUGAAGCGGGCUGUUCCCUCCCCAGGAAGAAUCUCCUGCCCAUUUCCACUUGCCUGGCUAGAAGUCUCCAUGUCCCCCCCUCAGGCCCGGGACCAACAUUCUUCUUGACUUCCCAAUGUGAUUUCCCUUAAUGAUGAUUAAAGCUAUCCAGCCCUGAAGGCAGAUUGGAGGGGGUGGGAAAGACUGGAGCAAGUGUGCGCACACACCAGCCCUCUGGCCCUCUUCCUCUGCUGCAAGGUCUCGGGUCGGCUGGGAAAGGCCUCUGCAAGCCAGUUGCUGGCAGUGGCUGCUCCCCCCCCCCGUUCCUUUCCCCCUCUGUGCAGAGUUCCCCAGUUGUCCUCCUUGGAAGUGACGCGAGGCCUUCUGAGGGGGAGGGCCGGCUUUCCCUUUUCCUAGAGAGGUUGCAAGUGCCUUGAUGUUCCCAGCUGAGCUUUGGGGUUCAGAAAUGUGCAGAGUCCCCAUGAGGCUAGACCUGGUGAUGGUGUGUCCCACCUCUCCAGUCUUGAGGAGCAGUGGGUGGAGCCCCAGGUGAGGAGAGCCUUCUUGUCCCUCCUUCCCCCACCCCUCAGCUCUUCCUCAGUUGGCGCUGUCUCUGCCUGGGCGGGGAGGAGAGCUCUCCAGGGGCCAUCUUGCUUUGCCAGCGUUGGAGGCAACCAGAGGUUGCUCAGACCGGCAUCUGGGGCUCCUGCAGGAGUGACAAGCACGGGUCCUAAAAGAGCAAGUCCUCUUGGCUAAAAAUGGACCGGCUCCUCCCAGCCAAAGGCUUCCUCCUGCUUUGGAUUGUUCUGCAGCUCAGCAGCUGGAAUAUUUCUGCAUCUGCAGAGCCUGGGCCCACCUCAGGAGCCCCCCUCCUCGUCUCCAACAGCUCAAUGAUGCCUCUCACCUGCCAGAGCUUCCAGUGCUCAGGGGAGAGAUGCUACCAAGACGGAGCUCAUGGAAACAACACAGAGCCCUGCCACAAUGCAUCACACUGUGAGCUCUAUCGUCUCAACAGCACCAGUUACACAGCCCGCUGCAGCAGCGAGUGUGGGAUUGCCAACAUCACAGAGAUGUGCAUGACCAACAGCAGCGUCCGCAUGAUGGACCUCUGCACCGUGGAGUGCUGCAGCACCCCAAACUGCCUGCGCCUCAAUGCCACUGCCUACGGUGACCUGCCUCCCACCACCACCCCGGCUCCCACCACCACCACCACCACCACCAAGGCACUCCCCAAAAACGGCAAAAUGUGUUCCACCUUCACCUGCCACGGAGAAGGCUGCUACAAGAACCAGAAGGCCACAGCCGGCUGCCUCGUGGGCUUUGACUUCUGCGAGAUGAAGAAAACAGGCCCCCACUUUGUGGCUGGCUGCAGCAAAGUUUGCAAAACAGCUGGCCCGGCCUGCACCGUGGGAGCCAAAGCUCCUUGCUACCAGGAGUGCUGCCCAGCGAUGCCCAAAGCCAGCUGCCUGAAGCUGGAUGGCAAAGUGCACUUCAAUGGGGCUGGCCGCUUGCCACUGGGCCCCCUGCUCCAGCUGCUGGCUUGCACGGCUGUCCUCAGCCUGACCCACGCCCUCUCCUUCUCCUCUGGGAUCAACUGAAGGGCUCGCCUGGACCCUGUAGACUAGAGCAAGACCGGCCUUUGGGCUUCAGCCUCAGCCUUUUGGCUGGAAGCAUUUCUUCACUGGGUGUCUUACUGUCUCUGUGUGGUUUUAUUUGGGGGGUGUUUUGGUUUUUUUUAAAUUGAGUUCAGGACUGCUUCUAGCAAAGAGGACAAGGAUGGCCGGCAUUAGGAAUUCGCUCCCUCCUCACUGGUACCCAGGCUGCCCUUCUUCUUCACCCUGGACUUUUGGCUUGUGUAUUUGGCAACCGUGUUUAAAGCGCCGCCAAGGGGCACAGACUCUCCCUCGCCUGGCCCCUUGGAUAGCUAGGCUGGACGGGGCGGCUAAGCCAGAGAGGUAGUCCUGUUGGCCCAUUAAGGGCUGCACGCGGCCAGUGCUCCAGCCCAGGAGCUGCGCAGGCAAGCUCCGAGCAGGGAAGGCUUUCGCUGCCUCGAGCGGUCUGCCCAAGGCGGCCCGCAGGGGACUAGGCUGCCUUUCAGCCCCUUCCAGCUGCUUUUCUCCUCCGGUUCCGCGUCAGUGAAGGCGCCCUCUUCCGGGAGGAGGCGCCCCCUUCUCCCCGCUGCCAGCUGCAGAGACGACGGGCCCUCUCCCCGCCCUCUCUGCAGCAGCGCCGCCGCCGCCGCCGAGGGGCCCCGGGAGUGGGGAAGGGAACCGCUUUGCGUCGUGUGCCUAGUAGCGUGGGGAGGCGGAGGAGGUGCCCCGCGGCGGCAGUGCCAGAAGCGCCGCUUCCUUCUUUCGAGCUGUGCAAAUAAAGCGUUCCGCCCGCC